GAGGACGGCUGUGUCUUCCCCGGACUUUCCCCCUCCCCUUUUCGCUCGUAGACGGCCCAGGCAACAAUGUACCAGUUUAAACUUGCUCAGGUUAGUUAGGGAGGCGGGCGCGCACGCACCCACAAGCAAGCCGUUCUUGGUUUGGGCUUUGAGGAUGCAAAGCGGUGUAAUAUGACAGGAAGUGGGGGCUGGUAACGCUGGGAGUGAGUCUUGUUCAAACGGUGCUAAGAGUAGGAAGGGCGUGUAUUUGUGUGUGGAAAAGAGAGGAGUCGACCACAUCGGGCAACCACAAGACGGCUCUUUACUUCAAAUGGUGCUAAUGACAGACCUACAGCAGGAUGGGGAAGACCUAAAGCCUGUCAGGGUGACUAGUAAAAAAGAAAAAGCUGCUUUAACCCAUUCGGAGAGUGAAAAUGGAACCGAAGAAAAAAGAAAGAUUGGGAAACCAUCUCCUCGGGUGUCACAGAUACCAUCUAGUGAUCUGGAAUGUUUUGAAGACCAAAAGAAAGUGACAACUUCGCGGUCUAAGACAAUUGUGGAUAAUACCUUCUUGGCAACAGAUGACAAGAAUGACUCAAAGCUUGAAAGGAAGAAGAGUGCCUCAAAUCAGUUUAAGGCAAAUGCUCACUUUCAUAAGCUGUUUCUGGAUGUCCCAAUUGAUGAACCCUUGAGACAAAAUUUUACCUGCGCAUUACAAAAAGAAAUCUUGUACCAGGGGAAGCUAUUCAUAUCGGAGAACUGGAUUUGCUUCCAUUCUAAGGUCUUCGGCAAAGACACUAAAAUUAGUAUACCUGUGCGGUCAGUGACACUGGUAAAGAAAACUAAAACUGCUCUUCUAGUGCCAAACGCCCUGGUUAUAACAACAAGCUCUGAUAGGUACAUAUUCGUCUCCUUUCUGUCCAGAGACACCGCUUACAAACUGUUGAAAUCAGUUUGUCAGCAUCUAGAGGAUGUGAGUGUUGGCAACAGUCCCAAUCCUUCCUCUCCAGGAAAUAGCUUCAGGGCUGACCGCCCUACAACCUUACCUCUGGAUUUCAAUGAAGACUUUUCUGAAUUAGAUGGCAUCAUCCACCAGCACAGACAGGAGAUUGAAGAAUCCAGCAGCACUGGUUCUCAGACUCCAGAACUGGAACACUUCCAAGAUUACCAUGUUGUUGAGACCCAGACUCAUCAAAAACCCUCCAAGGUGGAGUCAAAUCCAGCCCAUACAGAUGUUAAGUCUAAAUGUCUGUGUGAUGAUAUAAUCAGGAAUCUUCCAAGAAAUGCUUCUCCUAGAGUCCUUGGAGUCUUCUACCGAGUGAAUUACCAGAAGUUUUUGACUGUGAACCACAUACUUAUUCUUUAUGCAAUUCUUGUUUGUAUACUCAUUUUUUCUACAUUCUACAUGAGAUACAAAAUCUACAGUCUGGAAGAGCAACUUGGUUCCAUGGCUCCUUUUGUGGAUUCACAUACUCAUGAAUAUCCAGUACAAGAAGGUUUAGGAUCUCAGCUGCCUCUUGGUAUUCAUGUUCUCUGUAAGGAGCUAACAGCUAAUCUUCUCAAACUGGAAAAGAUACAAAGCGAUUUACAAAGGCUACUUGAAGAUGGUGAAUGACUUGCCAGUUCUCUUUGGAUUGCUCCAUUUUCUUCCUGAUAAGUAACUCUAAAUUUGACAUCAGACUCCGCAGGUCAGGGUGUGUCCUUUAACUGAAUCCAAAAACUGCAGCCUCCACAUUUUUGCAGCUCUUAUACUCGACAAUGAAAGUUUGUGCAAUAAAGCAUCUCUAUUCAGAG